AGCGAUGAAUUUUGCUGAACGAUUGUCAGUCUUAGUUUAGUGGUCACAUCAUUAAUUUGAUCUGUUAGUACAGCACACAGCGGCUCAACGGUAGCAGUCAGCUUAGAACACAGAACGCAGUUUCUUCAGCAAAUUCUAGCCAAAAUGUUCCGAUUGAUCAUCGUAUCCGCCCUGGCCGCCGUUGCCCUCGCCCAGAACCCAGACGCCGAAGCCCAGAUCCUCUCCUCCGACAGUGUGGUGAACCCAGAUGGAUCGUACGCCUGGAACUACGAAACGAGCAACGGUAUCCGCGCCCAGGAGGAAGGCGUCGGUGGUCAAUCGGCCCAGGGUAGUGCCUCGUGGACCGACCGCGAUGGAACCCCAAUCCAGCUGACCUACGUUGCCGACGUCAACGGAUUCCAGCCACAGGGUGCCCAUCUGCCCCGUGAAGGACCAGCACCCGCCCAUGUGCUCAAGACCCUGGAGUUCAUCCGGGCCAACCCACCCAAGGAUGACCCCAACUUCAACAUCCAAGCCCUGGAAGCCGAAAUCGCCAGACUGCAAGCUCUCCAGUAAACACCCCCGCGAGAUUCGUAACUCGCUAGCAGGACCUGUGCUCAUACUCAAAAAUAAUGAACAAAUCGCUAGGACAAAUGAGAAACAAAAUCACAACCCAUGGAUAAGUCGAGAAGGAUUCUUUUUUAAUUGAUGUAAAUUUGUUGUAAAUAUUCGCUAGUUUAUAAUUUACGCAUCAACACUUCCUUUGAGCAACACGUCAACCUAACCUUCUUUACAUGUAAAUCUUUGUACUGUUCCCAGUCAGCAUUUAAUGCGCACUGCAAACACGUGACAAACGACACCUCAAUGUGCCCAUAACCCGCAACUUGAUUACCAUGAAACACAAACACCAUCAUUUUUAAGCAUUGCGUGAUUAAAAAACUGUGUUUGGCAACAAUGCGCGAAGGAGAUUACAUUUGACGUUAAACGUCAUUACUUACACAAAACAGAACCGAUCUAAUCGAAAGAGAGAGAGAAUGAUAGAGAGAGGUGAAAGAGAAUAGCAACCCAAACACGACAUCGAAAUCAAGAGUUGAUACAGCAAUCGUGAGAAGGCGAUUAAGAGGGGAGAGGCGAAGAUGAUAUUAGAGCAGCUAAUAUUUUUAUUACCUUUUAAUUCUUUUUUUGUAUCUAUAGAAAAAAAAGAACAGAAACUCAGCUAAGGAUAGGAGAGGAAAGGAGAAGUUACUAUCUCAAACGUGACAUAACUUGUUCAUACCGUCAAUAAAGGAUAUUACUUUUAAAACCGA